AUGUCUGAGAACCAGCAGCCAGUGUCGGAGAAGGGCCUCACCUACCAACGAAAUGGGUUGUGUCCUGCCGACAAUGCCCCCGGACACGGCCAGGUCGCGACAGACGAAUAUGGCCAUUCCUUGAUCCAAAUCGACUGCAAAGCGGAGUCCAGACUGCGGAUGAAAAUCGACUUCUUCGUCGUUCCCACUGUGGCUCUGCUGUAUCUUUUCUGCUUCAUUGACCGUGCCAACAUCGGAAACGCCAAACUCGCGGGCUUCGAAGCCGACCUCCAUCUAACCGGCAAUGACUUCAACAGCGUCCUCUCCAUAUUCUUUAUCCCCUACAUUCUCUUGGAAAUACCCUGCACGGUCGCCUGCAAAUGGAUCGGUCCAGGCUGGUUUAUACCCGCCAUCACGCUGGGAUUCGGGAUCUGUUCGCUCGGCACAGCCUUUGUGAAUACCAUCCACAGUGCCUCCGGCGUGCGGUUUCUCCUUGGCCUCUUCGAAGCAGGCAUGCUCCCAGGGAUAGCAUACUACCUGUCACGAUGGUAUCGACGCAGCGAGCUUAUUUUCCGUCUGUCAUGCUACAUCGUCAUGACGCCGUUAGCCGGGGCAUUCGGGGGACUUCUGGCCUCUGCAAUUCUUAAGCUGGACCACUUCGGCAGCCUGCGACACUGGCGCAUGAUCUUCGCCAUCGAAGGCAUCAUCACGAUCGGACUGGCCAUUGUCUCUUUCUUCACGCUCACCGAUCGCCCCGAGUCCGCCCGCUGGCUAAACGCUGAGGAAAAGGCUCUCGCCAUUGCGCGCGUGAAAUCAGAACGCGUAGCCACCUCAGAGGUGCUCGAUCGUCUCGACACGACAAAGAUGCUACGUGGGAUCCUCAACCCAGCUACCCUUGGUGCGGCACUCAUGUUCUGUCUGAACCAAAUCACCGUGCAAGGACUGGGGUUCUUCGCUCCCACGAUCGUCAAGAACAUCUACCCGGAUUCCAGCGUUAUCUCGCAGCAACUGCACACUGUACCGCCGUACGUAGUGGGCGCGUUCUUCACGUUACUGUUCCCGUUCCUCUCGUGGAGACUCGAUCGUAGACUGGUGUUUGCAUUGGUGUGUGCCCCGCUGAUGAUGAUCGGGUAUAUUAUGUUUCUUGCAACGACGGACAAGAAGACGCAGUAUGGGGCUACAUUCUUGAUUGCCAGUGGAUCGUUCACGUUCGGGGCUCUCUGUAACGCUAUUGCGUCUGCGAGCGUGGUCUCCGAUACUGCGAGGUCGGCUGCUAUCGGGACCAUGGGGUUGAUUGGGAAUAUUGGCGGGUUGAUUUCGACGUGGUCGUAUCUGUCUAGAGACGCGCCGUUGUUUCAUAUUGGGAACGGGUUGAAUUUGGCCUCGGCGUCGGCGACAUUGCUUGUUGCUAUUGCGUUGUUGACGUAUAUGAAUUGGGAUAAUCGACGAAGGCAACGUCGUGAUGUACACGGUGAACUGGAGGGAUUGAGUCAGAAGGAGAUCGAGGGUCUGGAUUGGUGGCAUCCAGCGUUUAGAUGGAAGCCGUAG